AUGGCUCCCACAAAACGUCUCAAUGUACUCAUCUAUACCGGCACAGGAGCAUCUCUAUCAUCAGUCCGACAUGCGACUUGGUCUCUCCGGCGGCUUCUCGGGCCUCAUUAUGCCGUCCUCACCGUUUCUGCCGACCAGAUCCUCAAAGAGCCCUGGUCGGCCACAUGCGCUCUACUCGUCAUGCCUGGAGGCGCGGACAGUGGUUACUGUCGAACACUGAAUGGAGAUGGUAACCGGAAGAUUAAGCGAUACGUGCAGUUAGGAGGGAAGUAUCUGGGACUUUGUGCCGGAGGAUACUACGGAUGUGCGAGGUGUGAAUUUGAGGUUGGAAAGAAGGGGAUGGAGGUUGUUGGAGACCGGGAAUUGGCAUUCUUCCCGGGCAUUUGCAGAGGGCUGGCGUAUCCUGGAUUUGUAUAUGCGAGUGAAGCCGGAGCGAGGGCGGUGGAGAUCCUGGUGAACAAGGGUGCGUUGAGUGGGGUGGUUGUUGGCAGUUUCCGAUCGUAUUACAAUGGCGGAGGGACCUUCGUUGACGCAGAGAAAAUGGAGGAGACGGGCGUCGAAGUUCUUGCAAGUUUUGCGGAGAAGCUUGCGGUUGAGUCUGGUGAGGCAAAAGCGGCGGUCGUGUACUGCAAGGUCGGAGAGGGAGCGGCUGUACUUACAGGACCCCAUCCGGAAUUCUGCGGCAUCAACCUCAAUCGCGACGAGCCCUCAAACCCUGACUACGGCCAUAUCGUGGACGCUCUCACAGCCGACGACGAAAAGCGAGCAGAUUUUAUGAAGGCUUGUCUGGCCAAGCUGGGCUUGGAAGUCAGCCAGGAGACCACACCGGUACCGUCUCUCUCUCAUUUGCAUCUGUCUUCUGCGAAGCCCAGCGAUGUUGCAGAUCUGGUGGCGACCUGGCGAGAAGCGGGCAUUCUCACUACAGAGAACAACAGUAUCUACAUCAAGGGCGAGAACGACACCUUCCACCUGCUGCAGACAGAUGGAUGGAGCAUGGCGAGUGUGGCACAAGCCGUGGCAGAGAUCUCACCUAAGACUAACGCAACUGAUGACACUUCUCGGGACAGAAUCCUCGACUAUAAUCUCGUCACGAAGACCCUCGUUCCACAUCCAACAUCUCAUCCUGAUGCGAAGUCCACACCACAUUUCAACCACGCCGCCUUCUUCCAACAUCUCCAGACCCACCAGUCUCGCCAUCCAGGCCUCGCUGGAGACUACGGCCGCACGCUUCUCUACGCAGAAGUCCUCACCUCUACGCAGACGAUCCUCGACAAGAAUCCUACUUGGCUUUCACAUCUCCCUAUCGGCACAACGGCAGUCGCCACAACGCAAGUCUCCGGUCGCGGCCGAGGCAACAACGUCUGGGUUUCGCCUCCUGGAAGCCUCAUGUUCACUACACUCCUUAAACAUCCCCUCGCGCUCUCGACCUCCGCUCCGGUGGUGUUCGUGCAAUACAUCGCCGCACUUGCCAUUGUAGAGGGAAUACACUCAUAUUCCAAUUCUGCCUCCACCCAACAAUCGAAAGCCCACGCCUCGCUCCCUGUCAAACUCAAGUGGCCGAACGACAUCUACGCUCUAUCAUCCCCUUCCGCUGAUCCGAAAGUGGCGGACUCCUGGACAAAGAUCGCUGGUAUCCUUGUCAACUCCUCAUACGCCUCCGCCGACUACACUCUUCUCGUCGGCAUCGGUCUGAAUGCCCUCAAUGCCCAGCCCACCACUUCUCUCGCUCAGAUUUUCUCAUCUGCUGGUCUCCCGCCACCUCAACUGGAAGCGCUCCUCGCAUCGAUACUCGUGUCGUUCGAGGCGUUAUACGCCAGAUUCUGCCGUUGCGGAUGGGACGACGGUUUUCAAGAGAUGUACUACAAGCACUGGUUACAUGAAGGACAGGUCGUGAAGUUGGAGCAGGAGGGAGGCUUGGAGGUAAGAGUCAAGGGAAUCUCGAGCGACUGGGGAAUGUUGGUGGUGGAAGAGGUGGUGAAGAGUGGGAGGGGUCGGAGGUGGGAGCUGAUGAGUGAUGGAAACAGUUUUGAUUUCUUCAAAGGUUUGGUAAAGCGGAAGGUCUGA